AUGGGAAAAACCGGCUCUUUUCCCUCCAGGGUGAUGUCUGUGACUCAACUCUCCAUUGAGGACAAUGAUCGGGAAUCCAAAAGGUCUAAGAAGGGAGCCUCACCUGUGCUGGGAUUCUCAGACGAGGAUAAGAUUGGAACCAUCCAACCCCAUGACGAUGCUUUGGUAGUUACACUUAGGAUUGGGAGGUUUGACGUGAAGAGAGUACUGGUAGACCAAGGCAGUGCUGUGGAAGUAAUGUACCCUAAUCUGUACAAAGAGCUGAACCUAAAGCCCGAGGACCUAACAACAUAUGACUCCCCUUUGGUAAGUUUCAAAGGGAAGACUGUUACACCAAGGGGACAGAUCAGACUGCCCAUACAGACCGGUUCAGAUGUGGUGGAGGUGGAUUUCAUUGUGGUCGAUGCCUACUCACCAUACACAGUCAUAGUGGCCAGACCUUGGCUCCACGCCCUAGGAGCCAUUUCUUCUACACUUCACCAAAAGAUAAAAUACCCAUCAGAGGGCCGAGUAAAGGAGAUUGUAGGAAAUCAAGCCAUGGCUAGACAAUGCAUGAUGGCUACUAUCUCACGUCAGUCCAAUGCAGAAUCCUCGGCCUCUACAAGAAAGGAGUUAUAG